AGUCUAGCCAGAGACAUGCAGGUGGCACUCUCUGUUUAUACUGUUACUCCUUUUAGGGUGGGUUCUCAUUAUAAAAAGUACCUUUCUUGUUCAUUUCAGAGAGUUUCUUCUGACGUUGUUGACCUUGUAUUCAAUGAAUACAUAGGGAAAGCAGAGAGCCGUGCUCAGGUGCGAGAUGGCCUUCUUGAUGCAAUAGGAGAUCAUGUGUUUACUUUCCCAGCCACUGAAGUGGCUAGAUACCAUAGAGAUGCUGGCCACCCAGUCUACUUCUAUGAAUUUCAACAUCAACCAAGCUCAGCCUCAGGUGUCGUACCAGAGUUUGUAAAAGCAGAUCAUGGAGAUGAGAUUGCAUUUGUCUUUGGAAAGCCAUUCUUAGCUGGGAAUGCUACAGAAGAAGAAAAUAAACUUAGCAGAACUGUUAUGAAGUACUGGACUAACUUUGCUAGAAACGGAAAUCCCAAUGGGGAAGGCUUGGUACAUUGGCCUCAGUAUGAUCUGGAUGAAAGAUACCUGGAAAUAGACCUCAUACAAAAGGCAGCAAAGAAACUGAAAGAAGACAAAAUGGAGUUUUGGGUACAGCUCACAAAACAGAUGAGCAGUGAAAGAAGGAGAGAACACACGGAUUUGUGAGAGCUGCAGGGGAUACAUUUUCC